AGAGAGCUCGGAAGACCCACCUCCUCUUUAAGAUCAAGCGACGAAGGCCGCGAUUGGAGGCUCAGGCGGUGACGUAACUUUCCGCUUUGGCUGACCUUCCGCUCGGGCGGCUCUCGGGGAACAUUUAGCGGCGCUCCCCGGUCCCUCGGCCCUUGCAAGUGCGAUGAGGUCGGUUAGCUACGUGCAGCGCGUGGCCCUGGAAUUUAGUGGGAGCCUCUUCCCGCACGCGAUCUGCCUCGGGGACGUUGACAACGACACGUUAAAUGAACUGGUGGUGGGGGACACCAGCGGGAAGCUGUUCGUAUAUAAGAAUGAUGACAGCCGGCCGUGGCUCACCUGUUCCUGCCAGGGCAUGCUGACUUGCGUUGGAGUUGGAGAUGUAUGUAAUAAAGGAAAGAACCUGGUGGUGGCGGUGAGUGCUGAAGGAUGGUUUCACCUGUGUGACCUGACACCUGCCAAGGCCCUGGAUGCUUCUGGGCACCACGAGAGCCUAACGGGAGAGGAGCAGCAUCCAGUGUUUAAGCAGCACAUCCCUGCCAACACCAAGGUCAUGCUGAUCAGCGACAUCGAUGGAGAUGGGUGUUGCGAGCUGGUGGUAGGUUACACAGACCGUGUGGUCCGGGCUUUCCGCUGGGAAGAUCUGGGCGAGGGCAGUGAGCAUCCGACGGGGCAGCUGGUGUCACUCAAGAAAUGGACACUGGAGGGUCAGGUAGACAGUCUCUCAGUGACUCUGGGGCCCCUGGGUGUGCCAGAACUGAUGGUAUCUCAGCCGGGCUGUGCGUACGCCAUUCUGCUGUGUACCUGGAACAAGGACACCGGGCCGCCCCCUACCUCAGAGGGAGCUCCGGAGGGCAGUAGGGAGGCCCUAGCUGCCCGAGAUGUCAUGCUGCACCAGACUUCCGGCCGCAUCCACAACAAGAACGUCUCCACCCACCUCAUUGGCAACAUCAAACGAGGUGAAGGCCACAACGCUGAGAGGGGCGGCUCUGGCCUCUUUGCCCUCUGCACCCUGGAUGGGACACUGAAGCUUAUGGAGGAAGCAGACAAGCUGUUGUGGUCAGUGCAGGUGGAUCACCAGCUCUUUGCCCUGGAGAAGCUGGAUGUCACGGGCAACGGGCGUGAGGAGGUGGUGGCCUGUGCCUGGGAUGGACAGACAUACAUCAUUGAUCACAACCGCACCGUCGUCCGCUUCCAAGUGGACGAGAACAUCCGAGCCUUCUGUGCAGGCCUCUAUGCCUGCAAGGAGGGUCGCAACAGCCCCUGCCUCGUGUACGUCACGUUCAACCAGAAGAUCUACGUAUACUGGGAGGUGCAGCUUGAGCGGAUGGAGUCGACCAAUCUGCUGAAGCUGCUGGAGGCUGAGCCAGAGUUCCAGAGCCUCCUGCAGGAACUGGGCAUGGAUCCUGACGAUGUCCCAGCCGUCCGUGACCUGCUUCACCAGACCCUCUACCAUCCGGACCAAUCACCACAGAGCGCUCCUGCGAGCCUCCACAUUCCCACCUAGCUGGACUUGCCUCUUAGCUGAAGAAGGAGCCUUCUGAACCACCCCCCGCCCCAGGUAUCCAUGGUGCUGGCAGAAUAGGGAGCAAACAUCACAGAGGAGCAUGGAAGGAUGGCAGCCACCCCAGGGGGGCUGUAAACUGUAGCCUUCAUGGUCUUCUUGGUGAAAGAAGAGGCGAGUUGACCCUCUGUCCAUUUCCUUGUGUACCUUACGCAUCACAUCGGCAGGAUCAUAGGGACCCCAACCUCAUUCCACAUCAUCUGGGACCGCCCCCUCCCCAGAGCUCCCCACUUUCCUUAUGUGGCAAACAGACUUGUUUGUGAGCAGGGGGCACAAAUCUUAUAAGGUGCUUGCUUGUAAAGAAAGCAGGCUUUGGGGCCAGUGGAGCAAUGAGUUAAGGGCGCCCCCCCCCAUUCCGAGCUCCAGCUCCCUUGGCACAGCUCCAAGUCAUUGGAAUUAGUGAUUAUUGCAGAAAUGGCCCACCGUUUUGCUUUUGAGGAGAGUCUUUCAGGACAUUUUACACUCUGGUCUUAACUGUUCCCAGCAACCCUGAGAUGAUUUUCUUCAGUUUAGCAAAGAAACAAACCGGGGCCUAGCACUUUCUCAUUUUGCCAUGUUUAAGUAUUGUGCAGCUUUGUAGGCCUUGCUCCCAUUUCCCCCCAGAACACUCCAUCUGUGAGACAAUGGACAUUUAAAAUCUGAUGCAGGUUUAGAAUCCAGACCACAAUCAGAAUUAUAUCUUGGGCCAAGUUUAUCCCUUCUGCUCUCGAUUCUGCACGCUCUAAGUCAGUGUUUUUUCACAUUACAGGUUGCAAUCCUUUGGUGGGUUGUGGUCAGCAUUUUUUGGCUAAAUGAAAUAGGACAGAAUAAAAUGGAAUGAAAAAUAUCAGAGCAUAUUGCUCACGGUAUGGGGAA